AUGGGUGCAGGAGGAGUGGCAGUCAAUUCUGAUGGUGGUGACCCAGGUGCAGUUGGCGAUGGUGGGCUUGAUCCUGGACUCGUUGUCGGGGCGGUUGCUGGUGGGCUUGCUGUUGGGGUAGCUGAAGAAGGAGGGGACGAUGUUGGUGAAGGUGACACUGGGGUGACAGCAGGGGAAGGUGUGACUGCUAAGGAAGGAGGGGACGAUGUUGGUGAAGGUGACACUGGGGUGGGAGCAGAGGAAGGUGUGACUGCUGGGGAAGGAGGGGUUGCAGAACUUGUAGGUGGCGUUGCAGUAGUUGCGGGUGGGAUUGUUGGCGGCGAUGAUAUUGGGCCUUGA